UUCUCUCACAAAUCUCUAGAAAUUGUUGCUGUCAAGACAGAAAACCAAAAACUUUAUAACUUCAGGCUCCAGAUGGACGACAAAUUCACAACUCAGUGUUUCUGAAGUAUUUUUUGACAGAAGCCUGCCGCUGAAAGCUCCGACUCAGACUUGGGGGCUUUGCAGUUGUAGGACUACAAACGGAAUGUGACGUCAUCUCCUGCAACCCUCUCGCUUGACAAACAUUCAAAACUCUUGGCGGUGAAACUCAGACUGCUGUGUUCUUCGCAGGGAUGGCUCCUCUCAAAGUUGUCAUUAAGUGUGGGAACUUUGCUGUGCUGGUGGAUCUCCACGUUCUGCCCCUGGGCGGCCAAGAGGACGCCAGCUGGUUUACUACGGGCCACAUCGAGGAGGUUACAGCCCUGGUUCGAGAUGCUGUUGACCAGAGGGUUAAGCAGUACACAGAGUCCCUCCACAAUAGAAGACAGCUCAAACAGAAGAAGGAGCUGGCACCUGCCUCAGCCUUUUUUGUGAAAGGGAAAAAGUUCAACCUGGUUGCCAAUUUUCUGAAGCGGCACUACAACCUCAGAUGUAUUGUCAAGCAGCUCUAUGGAGAUUUGCACGUGUUUCCUGAGCGAUAUGUUGUGUGUGUGAGCUGUCCAGAGGAUGCCUCAGCACACCAUGGAAACCCGAGCCUGGCCGCAACUGAGCUGAGUGAACUAAGCAGAUCAGAAUAUUUUUCCAGAGUGGGAGAAACCCAAGAGGCUUUAAACAGCCCCACAAAAACAAAGAAGACUGUGCUUCAAAAGAUAGCCAAACAAGCUAGUGUCCAGCAAGAGCUCCGUGGUUCCAGUAUGGGGGAGCAGCAAAUUGACCAGAGAGCCUGUCCCAAAGACCAAAGAGGGGAACUUAAAGCUGAAUCAACCCCAACAGAGUCCAGUUCUGGACAGAAGCCCCCCCCAGAGGCAGACUACGAGGUGCCUUGUCCCAGUGCCUUAGCUGAAGCCAUGGCUCAGAUUAGGACUACUCGAAAGCAUGGCCUGACGCAGGAGCAGCAGACUGAGAAUAGUCCUCCAGACAACAUCAACCCAAAUGGGGCCUCAGCAGUUUUCUGGCAACAAGAAAUCAGUCAGGAGACCAGCAAGAGGUGCAAGCUGAGCAACGCAGGGGAAGACCCUCACCCACAGAGGGCCAACGGGACGUGCCUUGGAAGACCUCCAGCCACAAUGCAAACUCACUCCACCGAGUGCUCCACACAAACAUCCAAGCAUGACCUUCUUCCUCCGCCGCCCCUUCCUCCAGUCGAAGCCAAGGCUGAGUCCAAGGCUUUCCCAGUCUCCAAGUGUAAGAAAACCACACUGGAAGUAGAGCUGCUUACUCCAGGGAAACGGGCCCAGAGGCUCCCCCUCACAAGCAAUAACACGGCACAGACAAACCAAAACAGGCUGGCCGCAAGUCUGAGGGGCCUAUCUGUCAACCCUGCAUCCUCAGGCUCCUCUAUUAGUUCCAGAUCCACACUCGGAGAGGAGGGGAGAGAAAAUGUGCCCAGAACCUCUAGAUUACGACGGCUGAAGAGGUCCUGAGGGGGAGAGACGAGCUACAGUAAAGAUGCCUGACGCCACACAGAUAGAGAUGAUAUUGUGUCAGGCUACAUGUUUACCCCAUGCAGACUCCUCAGAUGACUUGCAUUUGUACAUGUCACAUUUUACUACAAUAUCUGGUGUUUUCACAUGUGCUGUGUACACACACGCACGCACGCACACACACACACACACACACACACACACACACACACACACACACACACACACACACACACACACACACACACACACACACACACACACACACACACACGGAGAGAUCAAAUGAACACAUAUUAUGGCAAUUGAUACACAAGCGUUUGAGUUACGCUUUGUCAAAUACUUGAAACAGACUUUGCCUCCACCCAUAAGUAGUGGUGGUCAAGAGAGGCUCGCAAAUGAAAGUCAAAAACCUUUAAUUGGAGUUUAGAUUUGGUUUUGUGUUAAAGAUUGGGGAUUUCAGACAGGCAGGAGCCAUGCAGUACGUCAUGGCUUUCAGUCUGAAAUACUGGCUCCUAUGUGUCUGAAAACUGUCCAGUUUCCCCACUGAAGCUCUGGUGUGAUUGAUUGCUGUUUCCAGAUUUAUUUCAUCACUCUGUUCUCAAAUAUGUCUUUUCGUAGUUAGAUUUCAUUCAUAUGCAAUUUGCUCAAUGCUUAGUCGCUAAGUACCUGAAAUGUAUAUUUAAAUUUGAGGCUAUUAUGCAGCUUUUAUAUUGAACUUGAACCAAAUAUGUGUGGGUAUAUGAGCAGCAUUGAAGUAUUAGUGGUUUUAUCCGGGACGUCUACAGUAUCACAGGUUAAAGUGGAGCUGCUGUCGUCGCCCCAACACUCGACGGGGCUGUUCUCGUCUCUCAGCUGGCCCAGGCCUGGAGAGAGUAUGGGGCAACUAGGGGCCAACAAUCAUUUGUAGGAUGAUGUAUGAUAACAUAAUGUUGCCUGAAUACAUGAAUCCUAGUUUAUUUUUUAUUUUACUGAGAAGACAUUUUAUCAUAUAAAUAAAUGUUUUUUUUCCCAGGAAAAAAAAAAAUCUCUGAAUAUUUGUGGAAAUAUGAAAACAGGCUGAAGACUCUGGAAGCAGCCAGCAUGAAGUAACAUGUAGAUCCCCGAGCAUUGUUUUUUUCAUACAGUCCAGACUGGCUGAUGACAGUGAAAGUCUGUCCAACAAGUGAUGUUUCUAAUAAAUCAGCUCAUCAUCAUAGUAACCUGAGAUGAGUCCCCGCUGAAGCCAGUUCUGUUCUUAUCAAGGCAGGGACAAUAUGGUGGAUUCUUGAAACUGACCCCAAUGUUUUAAGUCCUAAUAUGUUUAAGGUCAGUCUCAAGAGGUGUUGAUAACCUCCUGCAUUGGCUCUAAUCCUUUUUAACAGAUUCUGCAGAAGAGUACAUCUUAAAAUCAGUUCAACUCCACAACUUGAAAGGUUUUAGUUAAGCCUGCUACUUAAACCAGACCAAACAAGGGAAACAUUGUCUGUGCAUCAUGAGGAGAAACAGUAUUUUUGUCUCCUGGAUUGACUUAAUAUGAGGACGGCUUGCUACAAUGUAAUUAGCUGUAAACACAUUUGGACAGAGACCUUGCUCAAGUCUAUGAUGCCUCUCCAGCAGCAGUUCCCACGCCAGCUGCAUGAGAAACCUUUCAAAUGCUCAGACAUGUUUGGCUUGAUGUGUCACAGACAGACUCUGCACUCGCUCUCCAGAACAAAGACAACUUUAAUUCUCUUUUCAUACAAAAUAUUUAAUAAAUAUGACUUUCAAAAAUAUAUUGCCAGAUCAACACAUAAUUCUCAAGUUCAUAACACAAAGUCAAAAAUAGGACAAAAUGUUGCCAUGAUCUCAAAGGGUUUACAAAUGAGAUAAAACAUGUUUGUCUUUAAGAGCCUCAUUUUUUUUUUUUUUUUAAA